AAAUUGAAAACACAGUGACCUUGGGUUGUGGACAAUGCAUCGUUCCGCUCCGGCAAACCUUUUUUUUAUUGCACAACAUACUCUCAUUAAUAAUUCUGUUACUGCAAAAGGGUUCCACUUCAGUGGAUUUAUCCUGGCAAAAAAAACGUGGCUCUCGUCUGCUUCAAAUUUGUAAAAACGCAGUGUGUUGCUCAGGGCAUGGAGACGCUUAAAAUCGUCCAGAUUAUUUUGGUGGUUGUCCUGAUAAGCAAUAUCAAUUCAAUAGAUGCUAAACAAACCCACAAAAAAGUCCUUAUYUUAGGCGCAGGUCUGUCUGGAAUUGUCGCGAGCAAGACCUUAUCGGAUAAGGGAAUCSAUGAUUUCUUGAUCCUGGAGGGACARGRCUAUGUUGGCGGUAGAAUCAAACAGGUAGGSGGUUUGAAAAGRUGUAGGCAAGAUGAGAACGGCAAAAACGUUACCAACAAAGCAGCUUACAAUAAACUCAUCAAAAUAUUCGGGAAUGUUGAAGAUGCACAAGAAAAGAGGAAGAAAGACAAGAAACCGCUUAUUCCAGCGAGGGUUGGYCUUUCKCUYAUGGGAUGGAAACCAAAGACGCAAGCAGAAUAUUCCGUAGAGUACCUGGAAAUCGACUUUGAAAACUCCAAAAAAGCGGAAUUAACACCAUUCCAGGGGAUUUUCGAAAAAGGAGGGGAUUUUUUCGCUACUGAUGAAAGAGGGWURUGGAAUAUUUACGAAGAAAUGUAUACAAGUUUUAAAGAUAAAAUAAAGUUGAACACAACUGUUACAGGAAUCAAAUAUAACUCCAGUAUUGUUCAGGUGACAACAAGCGAUGGAGAAGUGUAUACCGSUGACUAUGCAUUGUGCACAUUCAGUACUGGUGUACUAGCAAGUGACAUGGUGACAUUCACACCACCCUUGCCAGAAUGGAAGCAAGAGGCAAUAUUAACAAUGCCGAUGGCUGUUUACACCAAGAUUUAUGUUAAGUUUCMCACCAAGUUUUGGGACGACAAGGAAUUCAUUUUGUACGCUGGUCCUACACGUCAAAGCAUAGCUGUCUUCCAGGAUCUACAAAGACCAGGAAUAUAUCCCAAUAACAGUGGUUUGUUACUGGUCACUUUCACCGGUGACGAAGGAMGAAGGGUCGAAAAACAGUCCUUUGAAGACACAAAAACAGAGAUUGUUAAAAUGCUAAAAGGUGUCUAUGGAUCAAAUAUCUCAGAGCCAACCGAUAUUUACUAUCCACGUUGGACCCAGAACAAGUUCGUUCGAGGUUCCUACUCAGAAGGUACAGUUGGUAUGACAAGCAAAACGUUUGAAAACCUUGCUAAAAAUMUUGGAAAUCUGUACUUUUCUGGUGAGGCAACAAGCGAAGAUUGGUAUGGCUAUAUGCAGGGUGCUUACUUUACUGGAGAAAACCAAGCAAAAUCAAUUGUCAAAGCAAAUGAUUGUAAGGAAAAGCCUCAGAAUUGUAACGUCAGCGGGGCAGACAGUUUCCGCGCAUGYCCAGCAGUUGUCUCGACUACUWUCAUKUUGAUUUGGCUCUUUAAAAUGGUCRUUGGUUGAUUUAAUAAGUUGUGAACKCGAAUAUAGAAUGAACAUACACUUUUCCAGCAGCAUAGUUAGUGAGUGUAAAUUGCUGCAACAGAUAUUUUUUACAAUUUGUACUUUUGCAACAGCACCUCUACGUACUCGAUAUUUGCACAAUAUUUGCAUAUAUAAUUUCCACUUUUGCUGCAGGGUAAUUGCAUGAUUUGUAUUUUUGCAGCAACGCAUUUACGCAGCGACGCCAUUUUGCACAGCAAAGCAUGAUGGUUGUUGUAGUCCUUGUACUUUUCAUGUCCGCUUUUUCAUGUUUUUGCUUU